AUGACAGCACCAGGCUCUGGGAACCGUAUAACAGCGCCGCAGUUGUUGGCGAACGAAGCAGGUAUUGAAACCGCCUGUGUAAAGAAAAUCAAACACGGUACAUUCAAGAUCGAUAAAUUGUUCAGAGAGAAUGACUCCGAUGUCAUUGUAGAUGUCACCGUCAGUGCUAAGAAGUUCUGUCCAAUCCUCCCAGAUCCGGGUGCUUAA